AACAUAGCAGGCAUCCAUAUCCAGACUGUUACCGACAUCUACACCUGAGAAAUGCACUAUAUAAACCAUAAGCGUGAUUCUUUGAUACUUCACACAGACUAGCCCUCACUACAACAUGAAGAUGAACUAUCUCUUCUCCAUAACGUUUCUUGUUUACUUCCUCUCCUUAUCAUUCCCUUCCAACUCUGAGAGGUGCAACCCCCAGGACAAGAAGGUGCUCUUGAAAAUCAAGCAAGACCUUAACAACCCUUACCAUUUGGCCUCGUGGAACCCCGACACCGACUGCUGCGACUGGUACGUCGUCGACUGUGAUCCCAAAACCAACCGCAUCAAUGCACUCACCGUCUUCCAGGCCAACAUCUCUGGCCAAAUUCCUGCAGCUGUGGGAGACCUGCCUUAUCUCGAAAAUUUAGUGUUCCGCCAUAUCACUAACAUCACAGGGCAAAUUCCAUCAGCCAUCGGCAAGCUCUCCAGACUAACGUUGGUCAGAAUCAGCUAUACCAACAUCACAGGACCUGUUCCUUCAUUUUUCAGCAAACUCAAGGCCUUAACGUACCUCGAUUUGUCUUUCAAUCAGCUCUCUGGCUCAAUCCCUCCGUCUCUAUCCCUCCUCCCCAACCUCCAAGCUCUUCACUUGGACCGCAACAGACUCACUGGAAUGAUCCCCGAAUCCUUUGGAGCUUUCGCGGGAUCAUCCCCACCCGACCUCUACCUCUCCCACAAUCAACUCACAGGCUCUGUUCCAAAAUCUUUAGGUAACAUGAACUUCACAAGAAUCGAUUUAUCACGGAACCAACUUCAAGGCGACAUCUCAUUCUUAUUUGGCAAAACCAAGGCAUUGGAGAACGCUGAUUUCUCGAGGAACUUGUUCGAGUUUGAUAUCACGAAGCUCGAGUUUCCCGAGAGUCUGAUUGCUCUGGACUGGAACCAUAACAAAUUGCAGGGUAAUGUUCCAGUGGCAUUGACUACACUGGGGAACUUGCAGCAAUUCAAUGUCAGCUAUAACAGACUUUGUGGGCAGAUUCCGGUGGGAGGCAACUUACAGAGCUUCACUUACGCAGAGUACUUUCAUAACCGCUGCUUGUGUGGCGCUCCUUUGCCUGCGUGCUAGGCCUAAGGCUGGGCAGAAUCGUUUGAUUUUGAUCGCUUUAUGAUUAUGUAACUUAAAUGCGUUAUAAUUGUUUGUCGCAGAACAUGUUAUUGUAUUUUACAAAUAAAAUUUCUGAGAAACGAAAUUACAGCC